GGAGCAGCCAGCUCGGGGCUCGGCCUCGCUCUCCCUCUGGCUGGACAGUCCUGACUCCGGGCUCUCAGGGUGCGGGAGUUCAUUAAGCGCAGGAUCCUUGCUGUGGCCUGGUUGUUGGGACUGAGCUCUCUGAGGCUGACCCAUCUCGCACUCUUUCCUUUGGGCUUCAGCUGCGAAAGCUGCAGCUGGGGACUUAAAAAAUGGCAAAGAAGCUGUUGAUUGACACAGACUGUGGGACUGAUGAUGCUCAAGCUAUAAUGAUAGCCCUGGCAUCUCCCAGCGUUGAAGUUCUGGGGAUAACUUGCUGUUAUGGAAACACUCAGUUGGAAAAUGUCUGCCAAAACGUACUUCGUGUGUUACAAGUUUGUAAUAGGCUUGAGAUUCCAGUUUAUCAAGGUGCUUCUACCCCCUUACUUGGUGCUUCCGCAAAAAAUGAUUACUUUUAUGGCAUAGAUGGCUUGGGUGAUGUUCCUGAUCCAGAUGCUCCACAAUUAGACCGUGUACAGAAAGAACAUGGUGUGAUGGCAAUGCUAAGAAUGGCCAGUGAGCAACCUGGUCAGGUUUCCCUAGUUGCCCUUGGUCCUUUGACUAAUUUAGCUUUGGCAGUGAAGUUGGAUCCAGCAUUUCCUAAGAAGCUUAAAAGUCUCUUUCUAAUGGGAGGAAAUACAGAGUCCAGAGGAAACAUUACGGUGUGUGGAGAGUUCAAUUUUGUAACCGAUCCAGAAGCUGCCUACGUCGUCUUAAAUGAGUACACUUGUCCUAUGUAUAUUGCAGCAUGGGAAUUUGCAUUUCGCAGUUCAUUGCCUUGGGAAUUCUAUCAUGAAUGGAUUAGUCUGGACACCAAGAAGGCUAACUUCAUGAAGAAAAUACAUGCUUACACUCUAAAAUUGGUGCAAUCAAAAAAUCCAGACUUCUUAUCUGCAGGAUUUGUGUCUUGUGAUUCCUAUGCUAUGGCUGCUGCAAUUGAUGAGAGCUUUGUCACAGAAGCCAUAGAAACUGCUGUAAGCGUGGAGCUGAAUGGAUCACUAACUAGAGGAAUGAUGGUACUGGACAUGAAAGAUCACCUUAAGAAAAAGAGCAAAGCUUUUGUCAUGAAUAAGUGUGAUUUAGAGAAGUUCAAGGCUUUUCUUGUUGCUGCUUUAAAAUAACUCCCAGACAGAUGCAUCCUAAUCUUAUUUAGGUAAUCCACUUAGAUUAGUACAGGCAAUUUUAAAUGUAUGGUUAUUGUUGAAAGUUACUAACUAAAAUAAUUUUGCCCUGAUAUGAAACUUCCAACAAAAUGCAGUCAGGUAAAUAGGAAGGGCCCCAUUUAAACUACCGCAAUGAGAAAAUUCAUAGCUCAAGGUACAAGAAUUUUUUUUUACUUUAAACUCGUUCUAUUUGCUUGGACACCAAACUAGUUUAGCAUGUAAAUACUUAGACAAUAAUCAAUAACCAGAAAUGAUUAUAAAGAAGUAUUGAGAUCCAAAAUCAUAACUUCAAGUAACAAACCUGAAUGUGUUCUAAAAAUGGAGUGAAUGAAAGUUUCUAAAAUCAAACAUCUAUUUUGUGCCUUAUCUGAAAUACCUGAGUAACCUCAAUCAGAUCACGAAAAGUGCUCUUGUUUUUAGCUACUGAAGCAAUGUGAACAGUACUGGUAAGGUAGAUGCUUAAUCCAAUCAGCAACUGGUGAACUAUAUGACAAAUUACAGAUAAAUUAGUUUAUCACACACCUUUGCCUUCUUCAUCAGUCAUUUGGUAACUCGUACAUAUCCUUGGUACUUGUUUAAUUUGACAAACCUGAAUGGCUUCAAAGAGCUACUGUUAAAAAGCCCUAAGGGACUUAAUAGGACUGUAGAAUAGGGCCUUGUAACUAAGGUUUUAUAGAGUUCACAAAACAAUAAACAGUUUUAUAAAAGUACAUUUUAGCUGUUUUAAGGUGCUUAGAAAAUACUUUAUGAAAUAUAUGCACAUGUAUAAUACAGAAUUAUAUCAUAUUACAAGUUCCAUUAGUUCUUGGUCUUGGUUGCUGCAUAAUCUUACAAUUGUGAAAAACAUGCUUGUGCUUAACUUGUACAUCAGUAAUACAUAGAGUUGUAUGAAAGUUUUAUAGAAAAGUAUUUUUAAGAAAGCUAAGGAAUGAGAAUCGGUAUUGGACUUUCUUGCUUGUACUAUUAAUAACCAAUUCCAUAGUAUUUAGACCCAGAAGUACAUACUUGAUUUGUGAAUAAAGGGGAAGAUGAUACAGUCAAUCAAAAAUAGGGUGUUUUACAAAAACUAUAUUAAGAUAUUAACACUGAAGAUGUUUGAAAACCCUUCAUUUAAGCAGUGUGUCUGGUAGUCCUUUUGUCCUUGAGGAGGAAUGCUGGGUAGCAUGCUAGGAUUCACUUUAUUGACCUCAAAUGGCAGUUUUUCAGCUUUAUAACUGCUACUGUUGGCACUUACGAUAUGCAUUGUUUGUGAUCCUGUUCCUGAGCAUGUGGAGUAGGCUAUAUUGUAGGCAUACCACACUGGUAUGCGGCUCCUUUCAUGCAUGUGCUGGGCGAGCACAAGUAACAAAACAAAACCAAACCUGCUGAAACCCCUUGACUAAUUUUAGCCCUAAUUGCUGAGUGAUAACAGCACUGGCUUAGGAAGUGAGAACCAGGUACUACACCCACACUCUCCACUUCUAGAGGAGAUUUGACCCUGCAGCUGUCAGACUUCCUAGCACAGUUCUACACAACAGGCUACCAGUUAAGCAUUAUCUAGGCCCUUUUCCAGCCUCCUCUUCUUUUUUUUCCACAGGACUUAUGCUUGAGUACAUCCAUGUGGAACCAUGCAACUGCCAGCAGAGCUGUCCGGGGGGGGGGGGGGGGGGGGGGGGGCAACCGCCCUGGGUCCCGCACUUUGGGGGGGCCCACAGAGCCAGGUGGAGUGGCCAUGGUGACUCUGCGCUGCUGGCUUUGCGUCCGGCCAUUUGCUACCCCCACUCACUGCUGGUGCCACCACUGGUGGUGGCGGCAGCUUCUUUGCAUCCAGGGUGCGUGGGAUCAGGGUGGGGGCAGGGCCCUGCACAAGCUGAUUUGCCCCGGACCCCACACCCUGCUCAGGUCGGCUCUGACUGCCAGCCAUGGUGCAGCCUACUGCAUAUGCUCAGUAGCUAUGUGGGCAGCUCUGCAUUUAUACUGCACAGAAAUAGGAUGACAAACUGGGCAUAAAUGCUAAAAAUGUGAGCAUUCUGACCACACUGUCUUGAACAAGCAAUUUAUUGAUCAACUAAAAAUCUUUAUUUUUCCCCUUCCUCAAUUCCAGAAGCUGCAUAUUUGAGGUCUCAUCUUAUUUUUCUACUUAGCAUUUUUCUCAAUGCAUAGAAAAGAAACUCAGCACAAGCUUCUGACAAAAGAAUAUAGACUUAGCAGAAAAUGAAAUAGCAAGCCUCUGCAGGAUACCAGCAUAUUAUAUUCUGAUCAUCUUAGUGAUGAGCAAUAAUUGUUUUUGGUCAUUUUGGCUCAGUCUUAGGUGUAGCAAAGCUGCAUUUAGCAUUGAACCAGAGACAGGGUGGUCAGGUCACUUUUGCAUUGUGCUGGGUCUGAAAGUGGUUCAUUACUGAUGCAAAUAUAUUUUUGCUUUGUUUCCUUUUCUCCGGGAAAAGCAUAGCAUUGUAUAGGUAUACCUACUGUAUUGGGACAAGUCUAAAAGGUACAGACUUACUUGGUUGCUGCCUGCACAGUAUCAGCAAAAGAACUGAACUUAAGACCAUAUUCAUUCAAAUUAAAAUGAAGGUUUUUUUUCCUCCAUUCAACACGUGGAUUGGAUUUCAGUAUUGGCUUAGGGCAGGCAGCUGCUGUGACUCUGGCCCCAACCUAGGUCCAGAACCAGAGUUGGAGCUACCGCUGCAGCUGUUGCCAGGGCUGAGGCUGCCACUGCUGCCUAGAGUGAGCAGCCAUGGUCUCAGCAGCAGUUGGGUCUGAGGGUGAUGCAUGGAGGUCUGGGGCAAUGGUGCAUGCCUGAAGGUCAGGGUUAAACACUCCUUCCCCUGCUCAAACUUAUUGCUGGCUGCAACUGUGGACUACAAAUCCCAGAGGCACCUGGAAGUACGAAGAGGAAUUGCUGAGCAACCCUGCAGAGUCCUGCUGCUGUAAGCCUAGACUGCAAAACCCAGAAACCUCAGGAGGAAGCAAAUACAUACAGCCCAUGCUGGCUAUGUGCCAGAGAGCUGUGCUCUAGCACCCCCAGCUUCUGGCCUGAGCCACUGCAGGCAUGUGGCUGCAUUUCUGAAUCAAAGGUCUGUUCACUUAUGUUUCAAUUUAAUCUGUGCAUCUUAGACUAACCUGCGAAGACUGAAUCAAUUCAGCCAUGAGCUUUUUGACUGUAUCUGUACUUAGCCACUCUGUACUUUGUGCCCUGAGCCAACGUCAGAGCCAGAGACACCACAUAGGGUAAAAAGUAACAGGGAGGACAAUGGGGUGGAGAGGGGAGGGAAGGGGCUGCCUGCCUUCUCACCAUCUGCCCCCUGCCACUUCUUUCUCCUUCAAAAUGCUGGGGUGGGGUAAGAAUUAAAGAUGACCCCCCUCCCCCCCUCUCAAUAAUUACAUUUUAUACAGGGAACAUUAUAAAUUUAUUAUAAUGUUUCCUAUAUAGAAUGUAACUGGGGGGAGGGGGGGAUCAUCUUAAAUUCUUAUAAAUGUAUUAUAAUGUUCCCUGUAUAGAAUAUAAUUUUGGGGGGGUUGUCAUAAUCUUGGAUUCAGGUAAAUAUGACUUUUCUAAGCAAUUUUGUUCUGCUUCAAAAAAUUCCUGAGUCCACCAAAAGCACACUUACUUACCCAUUGUAUCUAAGAUAAAUAAUACUUUACUUUUCAAGUACUUGAUUGCAUUUUCAAAGACUUUGAAAUGUUGUACAGUCACUAAUCCUGGUAGCUGGUGACAUAUUGAAUGUUUUAACAAAUCCUAAGAAGGCUGUUAAAAAAUGUUUCUGAAAUCAAAAUAGAUCUCACUUGAGCAGAUGUGUGUUAAAAGUAGGAGUGUUUUUCUUAAUUUGUUUCAUGUCAUUAUAAAAAAUGUAUUAAUUGGCAUAAUUUAAUAAAAUUAUUUAGAUAUCA